AUGGCGCAUACUACGAAACCGAGCUCGAACGUAAUUUCUUUCGACCCGUACAAGACAUUUGACCCGAAGCCCAUGUGGGCCCAUGCUACGUCUUCCAAAGGCCCUGGCCGAAUAGUUUGCACAGCUGGGCAGGUUGGGGCGGAUGAAAACAACAUUGUACCUCCGAACAUAGACGACGAAAUUGCCUUGGCUUUCACCAAUUUGCGCCGCUGUCUUGACGCUACUGGGGCUUUGGUGACCGAUGUCCUCAAACUCGUGUACUACAUUGUUGACUAUGACCCUGAUAACCGCCCACACUCGAAGCAUCUUGCCAAAUUCCUUGGUGGCCACCGUCCAACCACAACGCUGAUUCCUGUUACAAAGCUUGCUCGGCCGGAUUACCACUUCGAGAUAGAGGCAACGGCUUCAGUCGAACAACUGCCUAGGCAAAUGGCAGACGUUGUUAUCGUCGGAGCCGGCUUAAGUGGACUUUCGGCGGCUCACGAAGUCCAAAAAGCGGGGAUGUCGUGUGUCGUGGCUGAAGCGCGGGAUCGCGUGGGUGGGAAAACAUUGUCCAUAGAACCACUGAAUGAUGGCCGGACAAUUGAUUUGGGCGCUGCUUGGAUCAACGACACGAACCAGAAAGAGGUGUUCGCGCUUUCAAAGUCAUUGGGCCUCGAACUCGUGCAACAGAAUACAUCAGGAUCUGUUAUACAAGAGGAUAUCGACGGCAGUGUGUCACAAUUUCCAUAUGGCUCAAAGCUAUCAGAACCUAACGGAGUUGACAAUAUGGUCUUCAUACGUGAGUUAGCGGAUGAAGUCAGUAGAAGUCUUAACCUCUACGCUGUGAGAAAGGAACAAAAGGCUCCCGAUCACCUUACGUUCGCCCAGUGGCUUCACGAAAAAGGCGCAACUCCAACCGCGAUCGCUUCAGCCACAGUUUGGACGAGAGCAAUGCUAGGACUGGAACCUCCCGAGAUGAGUGCCCUAUUCUUUCUUGACUAUUGCCGACGUGGUGGUGGCUUGUCAACAAUGCGAUCCGAUCGAAAAGACGGUGGCCAAUAUUUGAGGUUUGCCAAAGGCUCCCAGCAGCUAUCCUUGGGUCUUGCAAAGUUGCUUCGGCCAGGAUCGCUCAUGUUAAAGUCCCCUGUUCAGAAAAUUAAGCAAGCAGCAACUGGGGUUCUCGUUUCGACUGCACGUGGCGAGAUUUUAGCCAAACGAGUCAUUGUAACCGUUCCAACGCCACUUUAUCACCUAAUCGAUUUCUACCCUGCGCUUCCCGAAUCCAAGGUUGAACUCAGUCAAAAGAAUCGACUUGGGUAUACAAAUAAAGUCAUGCUACUGUACGACCGCCCGUGGUGGCGACAUGCUGGCUUGUGUGGCCUCUUGCAGUCUUUCAAAGGACCAGUGACGGUCUCCAGAGAUAGUAGUGUGGAUGAAACGGGGCAGUUUUCCUUGACCUGUUUUACCGUGGGCCAACCCGGCCGUGAACUGUCCAAACUCCAGCAGCACGAGCGAUACGAAAGAGUAAAGCAACACAUCCGGAAGCUCUUCGGGGCCUAUACGAGUGUGCCUGAGCCAAUUAACGUAUCCGAAUAUGAGUGGGGAAUGGAUCAAUGGGCGCAAGGAUGCCCUUGCCCAGCAUCUCCUCCCGGACUAUUGUCUAAACUUGACGAGGCAAUGCGAGCAGCGCAUGGGAAAAUUCACUUUGCUGGCACCGAGACGGCGUACGAAUGGAAGGGCUAUAUGGAUGGCGCUAUCUCGUCGGGUAAACGGGCGGCGCAGGAAACCAUGGUGGCCUUGACCCAAUCCAAACUUUAA